AUCCUUGUUCGUGUCAGAUCGGCCGUGUGAGUGGCGCAAUGCGACUUAUGGAAGGUGCGCUUUUGUAAAGAGAAAAAAGGGAUAUGCACAUUGUGGAGGACAAUAUCCACGUAGAAAGCUGAUAUUGUAAACUUAUGAUUAUUUGGAAGAAGGUUCGCAUGUUGUUUUUAGUGCGUGCUUGAAGAUCAUCAAAAUAUCGUUGGCAUAGAAGGGAUCACACAAGCAUUCAUGAUGAGUGCAGGAGUCGGAGUGUUUGAUAUGGAGCUCCAUGAGUCCGACACCAGGGAUCAGGUGUCCGACGACGAUGACAUUAUUGAUGUCGAACAGGAGUUCGACCACCAGCCCGACAUGAACGCCUUUCUGAAUCAAGAAGGCGUAGAGCGAUUGGCCCUGAACGAGAGCACCGUCAAUAUCGGCAAGGAGCGGGUCGGCCCCAAAGAUUUCGAGCUUCGCAAAGUCCUGGGAAAGGGCGGCUAUGGCAAGGUUUUCCAGGUGAAGAAGAUUAGUGGCAAAUAUGUCGGAAAGGUGUUCGCUAUGAAGGUGCUGAAGAAGGCGACAAUCGUUCGGAAUCAAAAGGACACGGCGCACACAAAGGCGGAGCGAAACAUCCUAGAAGCAGUCAAGCACCCGUUUAUCGUGGACCUGAUGUACGCGUUCCAAACGGGCGGCAAGCUCUACCUGAUCCUGGAGUACCUGUCCGGCGGAGAGCUGUUCAUGCACCUGGAGCGAGAGGGCAUCUUCAUGGAGGACACGGCCAGCUUCUACUUAUCCGAGAUUAUCCUGGCGCUAGAGCACCUUCACCUGCAGGGCAUCAUAUACAGAGAUCUAAAGCCGGAGAAUAUCCUGCUGGACGCAACUGGUCAUGUGAAGCUGACCGACUUCGGCCUGUGCAAGGAGAGCAUCCAGGACGGCCUGGUCACCCACACAUUCUGCGGCACCAUCGAGUACAUGGCGCCGGAAAUUCUGACCCGCACCGGUCACGCCAAGGCGGUCGACUGGUGGUCGCUGGGCGCGCUCAUGUACGACAUGCUCACCGGCGCGCCGCCCUUCACCGCCGAGAACCGCAAGAAAACCAUGGAGAAGAUCCUCAAGGGAAAGCUGAACCUGCCGCCCUACCUGACGGCCGACGCGCGCGACCUCGUCAGAAAGCUGCUCAAGCGUCAGGAGAAGCAGCGGCUGGGCAGCGGACCCGAGGACGCAGACCCCAUCAAGACACAUCCCUUCUUCAAAAACACAAACUGGGCCGACGUGGCCAACCGGCAGCUCGAGCCGCCCUUCAAACCCAGUCUCACGAGCGAGGAGGACACGUCUCAGUUCGACCAGCGGUUCACCAACCAGCCGCCUGUCGACUCGCCCGACGACUCGCACCUCUCCGAGAGCGCCAACCUGGUCUUCGAGGGUUUCACCUACGUGGCGCCGUCCAUUCUGGAGGAGAUGAACCGGCCGAUGGCGUUCCGGCCGCGCUCGCCGCGGAAGCCGCAGCGCGGCCCGCUGGCGUUCCCGUCUCCGGCGCCCAUGGGCGCGGCGCCCGCCGAGGAGCUGAUGGACACCUCCCAGCAGCCGCCGCAGCCCAACGCCCAGGUGACUCGUCUGUAGUGACGCGACUGCGGCCGGCGCGGCGCCCUGGUCUGCCCGGCCACACCCAGCCACGCGCGGACGCUGCUCGGACGUGGCGAGACGGCCACGCUCAGCGGUCGACGUCGACAGAGCGCGCGCGCCAGACAGAGGGCAAACCCGUCUUCAUAAGAACGCUUCUAAGACUGAGCAUUCGAGUCUUCGAAAUAGGAGGCGAUGUCAUAAUGUUUGUAAUGUUUAGAUUUUUAUUACGGAUGGAUGGCGACCCUAUUUUUGGGGCUCGAAUGGUCCUUGUGUUAAAGCGUGCCUUGGCGGGGCAGGACAGGCUUGUAUGAUGUGGCCUGACCGGCUGCCCGCCUGUCGUCUACCGUUGUUACAAUUUACCGAGACGUUGCUUUCAACGUGAGCAAAAACUCUGUUGACUCCCGGGGCAGUUUUGGAUAUGUUUGUGGCCGUGUGCGGGUGCGGGCGGCGCACGCACCACUCGCCGGCCGGACGGCGUCGAUCGGCGUGUUUUUUUGUACGACAAUGUCGCGCAGCUGCCGUCGGAGGCCGAGCUCGCCGCCGUCAGCUAAACUAAUACAAAGUGGCAGCCGGA